GAAAGAAAGAAGUGAGAAGUGUUUUCGAGAAAACUGAACCAUUUUAAGGAGGAAGAGGCUGUGUGGAUCAUAGUAGUCUUUUACCACACACUGGGCUCAGUGCUGUUCCUGAAAAUACAUCAUGUUACAGAAGUUCCUUCUCCUUAUUGUCUUUGGGCUCUUCUCCUUCUCUUCAGGACAAAUAUCUCACCAGUAUCACUUCAUAAAUAUCACUAAGAACUGGACCGAAGCUCAGAGUUUCUGUCGAGAUAUGUACACAGACCUGGCAACUGUAAAUAAUGCAGAUGAGAUGAACAGCUUGUUCAAGACCAUAACUGAUGUUUCUCACGAUGUGUAUAUUGGACUUCAUAGAAGUCAAGUGUUCAGAUGGCACUGGUCCCUUCCAGACAGUUUCUACAAUGAAGAUACAUUCCAGAACUGGAAAAAUGGACAGCCAGAUAUAUAUAAUAAUGAGGGCUGCGCUGUGAUGCAAAACAACGGGAAAUGGUUUAAUGAUAGUUGUGACACAAAGAGGCAGUUUGUAUGCUUUAAUGCAAGAGCCAAUAAAAUGUAUAUCCUGACUGAGCAGAAUAAAUCCUGGAGGGAGGCUCAAGAAUACUGCAGGACCUUUCACACUGAUCUAGCCAAUGCCAGAAACGACUCUGAAAAUAAGGAUGUCAGGAAGACUGUCAAUAACGAAGCAUGGAUCGGACUGUUUAAAGACCCCUGGUUGUGGUCAGAUCAGAGCAACUCUUCCAUCCGGUUCUGGAAUUUCAGUCAGUUAAUCAACAUCAGUAGAGACCAGGCCUGUGGUGCAGUGAUGGUGAAUGAAACAGGGAGAUGGAAUGAUGUCCGAUGUGAUGUAUCUCUGCCAUUUAUCUGUUAUGGUGAUCUGAAAGCUCAUCCAACCACUAAACCAGCUACCACCAGACCAGCAACAACAGGGCACAUACCAGCCCAAAACACUACAGAACAGGAAAAUACAAGCACACAACCAACAAAAAUACUCACUACAAGUCCAGAACAAGAUAACCUGAUUCUGGUCCAUGAAAAUCUCACAUGGAUUGAAGCUGUGAGCUACUGCAGAAAGCACCAUGUGGACCUGGUCUCCAUUCCCAGUGAGGAGCUUCAGAAUAUGGUAGCGAGGAAAGCCUUCCAGGCCUACACUUCUCAUGUUUGGCUGGGUCUCCGUUACACCUGCACCUUCAACUUCUGGUUCUGGAUAAAGAACACUGGAAUGGGCUGCUACCAUAACUGGGCACCAGAUCAUGGGCCAAAUGGUUUUGAGGAUUGUGAGAUGUCAGGUGCUAUGGAGUCCACUGGGGGGCACCGUUGGGUUGGGAGGCCAGGGAGCGAAAGGCUUAAUUUCAUCUGUCAAACCUGUGGAAGCUGAUUUUUAACUAUAAUGAACAAAGACCUUCUGUGCAGCAGCCUGAGAGAGGCUGUGGAUUGAUCCGUAGACUAUAUUUGUUAAGUCAGGGUAUCUGCAGGUAUCAGCAUUUCCAGUUUAAUACUUUUUAAUACCCUUUUGAAGACCUUCUCAAUCAUUCACAUUCUCUGUUCCUCACUGUUGGAAAGCUCUUCCAACAGAUAUCAGAUAUAUAUGAUCUGCAGAUAUCACAAACAUAGUUGUCUUUUGUUCCAAAUUGCAAAU